AUGCCCGACGAUACAAAAGGAAAGGCAUUCCCUGAUGUCUCUGCCAAACUUUCCGCCCUCCCAAAGAAAUCGCUGUUCGAGCGCCAGAAAGCUGAUGCCGAAGCCAAACGCGCCCGCGAAAAAGCCGAAACCGCCGCUGUGUACGAAGACUUUGUGAAGUCGUUUGAAGAUGAUGUGUCUGAAGGUCCUCGAGCUUCAGAUGGACGGCCGAACACAUUUGGAGGAAGGGGUGGUGCGUUCGGAGGGGGUCCUCCCCGACGACAUUUCACCAACUCCGGACCACGCAGUAGUGGACCAGGAAGCCUAGGUCCACCACCGCCGUCGCUGUCUCGGAAGAGACCUCAUGAGGGCCCUUCGGAUGAUGAAGAUGAUCGGAGUGCUGAAGCAAAGGAGGCCGAGAGAGCUGCCGCCAGACCUACACUGUACCUCUCAUCGCUUCCUCCUGGGACAUCGCCAUCUGUCCUCAAAUCAUUGAUCAGCUCCCCUCUUGUCGUCGGGAACGUUCACAUCCUCCGCCCACAAAACCAAUCCCCAACAGAGCGAAAAUCAGUGGCUGCAAUAAUUACUCUCGCUAGUGAUUCAGCAGCCUCAGACAUUGAUAGUGCCGAAACCUCAGCCGGGCACCACCACCAGGCUCACAUCGUGGGGGCUUUGCACCCCCCGAGUUCAUAUGGACCGAAUCUGGGCCGAAUUGUCACAGCUACACAAGUCGAAGUGAAGGCGCCAGCAGACGUUAAGCAGUUACGUUUGAUCCAUAAAACCUUGGAGAAUCUCCUUAAUCAUGGCCCCGAAUUUGAGGCCCUGCUUAUGAGCCGACCGGAAGUCCAGAGAGAGGAAAAAUGGGCUUGGAUCUGGGAUGCAAGAAGUCCUGGUGGGGUUUAUUAUCGCUGGAAGUUAUGGCAGGUCAUCACAAACCCCAGGUCUCACGGCAAUCGAAAGUCAAAGAGCCAACAGCCGUCGUCUGUCUUUGAGGAUGGAGCCAGCUGGAUUGCCCCGGAAAGAGAUAUUAAAUUCGAGUUCACAACACGUCUUGACGAGAUUAUCUCAGACGAAGACUACAACUCUUCCGACGAGGAGCAGUCGGAUGGCGAAGAAGAAAAACGAAAUCUUGGAGGAGCACCACCUCCAGAAGGAGGGAAUGGCCCAAAUGAUGGACUCGGGUACAUGAACCCGCUACAGAAGGCCAAGCUCACUCAUCUACUCGCUCGUCUGCCGACAACCCAUGCUAGACUCCGACGAGGCGAUAUCGCGCGGAUUACCGCUUUUGCUAUCGAACACGCAGGACUGGGUGCCGACGAAGUUGUUGAUAUGAUUGUCCUGAAUAUUCUCAGUCCAUUGGCAUAUACUGGUGCCAAUCCUAACCGAGAUUUGGAAAAUGAUGCGGCAAAUCGGGAGAGUCACGAGAAAGAUAAUGAUAAUCCCUCGAAGGGAAAAAUGGACCUAUCUGCGGCCAAACUGGUCGGGUUAUACACCAUUUCUGAUAUCCUUUCUUCAUCAGCCACGAGUGGGGUUCGCCAUGCCUGGCGAUACCGGCAACUUUUCGAGUCAGCCUUACGCUCGCACAAGGUCUUUGAACAUCUUGGUCGACUUGAGAAAGACCUUCAUUGGGGACGACUCAAGGCAGAGAAAUGGAAGCGCAGCGUGGGGACCCUGCUUCAUCUAUGGGAAGGGUGGUGUGUUUUCCCGCAGUCAAGUCACGAGCAUUUUGUCCAGGUGUUUGAGCAACCACCCCUCACCGACGAAGAGUUACAAAAAGAAAAGGAGAAGGCAGAAAUCGAACAAGCCAGUAACGCCUUUUCUAAGAAAAAGAACCGAUGGAAGACGGUUGACGAUGAAGACCCGGGAUCCAGUUAUUUCGAUCAGAGCGGGCCAUCCGAGAUAAAAAAAGCAGCUCAUCAGGCACCCGUCACGGCUUAUCCCGCUGAAGACGAAUCGAUGAGCGACAUCGAUGGCGUUCCCAUGGAGGACAGUGAUUUGGAGAUGCCCGACGAAGAAGAGCCGACGGAGGAAGAAAGCAUGCCACGAGAUAGCGACGCUGUCAUGACCCAACCACCAGGGCAGCCCGAAGAUAUCACCGGGCAUCAAGAUCCAGAACCAGAAAGACGAGAACCUGUCUCCCGACGUCCUCGAAAACCACGGCCCAAAGCCGAGGACAUGUUUGCGUCAGACUCGGAUAUCUAUCAGUACUCGAUUUGGGCAAGCAGCCAAGGCAGCCAGGCAGCAACGGCAGAAUUCGAGCCCCACAGAGGACAUCACCCCUCCCGCAUCAACAAAUACCUUCCUCCCCAGCACUCUGCCCUCUCAGCUUUCUAUACCGUCGUAUCUCCUCUCACGUCCCUCAACCACCUCUCUACAAAAUGUCCGACUUCACCGCUGUCGCUCGUAUGUGGCCUUCCAUCCCCUAUUGCCGAUGCGCCCGCGCUGCCCGCGCCGGCGAGAGAAACCUUCUCCUCAGACGGCCAACGAAGCCAACAAUUCGUUGAGUUCUACUACCAGACCUUCGACUCCAACCGCAGCGGUCUUGCUCCUCUCUACGUAAGACCCUAUACCCCGCCCUGUGCGCGCCGCGAACCCCCAACGGCAAUGGAUAUACGUGAUCAAUCGAUGCUCACCUUUGAGACCUCCUCCGUCCAGGGUACCGCCGGCAUCCUCGAGAAGCUGACCAGCCUUCCCUUCCAGCAGGUGCGCCACCAGAUUGCCACCUUGGACGCCCAGCCCUCCAGCGAGGGAGGCAUUGCUGUCUUGGUUACCGGUGGUCUUAUUGUCGAUGAAGAGUCGAAGCCCAUGAGCUACACCCAGUGCUUCAACCUCCAACCCGAUGGACAGGGCAGCUUCUUCGUCCUGAACGACAUCUUCCGUCUGAUCUACGCUGCCUAA